CUCGUUCGCUGAGUAUUCAACACAAGCACUUCUCCUUCAACAACCCAACUUCAAAACCCACCCCAAAAAACCAACAUGAAGUUCGCCGUUGCCGUAGUCAUGUUUGUGUGCGCCCUGGCUGGAGCUCAGGCCUCGUGGGCCCAGAUCGCUCCUGGUGUGUCCUACGUUAGCCCCGUGGCCCAUGGAGGACCUGGUCUGUGGAACGGUGCCUGGAAUGGUGCCUGGAACGGUGCCUGGAACGGUGCCUGGAACAACGGCUGGAACGGCGCCCACUGGGGAGGUCCUGCCGCCGUCGCCGUCCAUGCUGGUGCUGCUCCUUGGGGUCUGACCGGUGCCGGAUGGCAUGGAGCUGCCGUUCCCGGAAUCAACCUGGCCCAGGGACCUGGUCUGGCCGCCGGCCAUGGCCAUGAGGGCGUCUAUGUGGCCAAGACCCGUGGAGCCAUCCACACCGCUCCCUUGGCUGGACACAUCAACUCCGCCACCUCCGUGAACGUGGCCCCUGCCCCGGGAACUCUGUAAGUCGCGAGUGCCUGAGAAACUAUACCCAACCGAUGCCAAACGGAGCGGAUGGACGGCAGUAUCACUGAUCUCCAACUGCUUCAGCGACUCCCCCACGACUCCAACCGGAUAAAUACCCAUCUCUCUCUCUGUACACUUAUUGUUAAGCACACCGCUCUUAGUCCCCCCGAUACGAACACGAUCCUGAUCUUGGGUCCUUGUCCAUAUCCUCUGGACAUUUCCCAACGCACUCAGCAAAUAUAUAAGUCCAACAGCAAUUACAACAACUACAACAAACCAACAAAUGACAGCAUGUUAAUUUUAUUAUUUGAGAACUCUUCAAAUGCUUCCCAUCUGCUAUCCUAUCUUUCUCCACUCUACCACUAUCACUAUAUCUUUCUAUAUCUAUCACUGUCUGGCAUAUCGUCCUUCGAUAUGCCCUGCCAACCUGUAAAUAUCCCAUUGUACUCUAGUAAUCUGCAACAAUGUAAAGAUUGACGAAAGCGUUAUAAAUAAACUCAAUCAGCGUUUUUUAUACGAA